UCUCGGAGCCGCGGACAGGCGCUUCAGCAUAUCAUGACAGUAACCUCGGCUCGUCAUUCUUGUUUACUGUCCUGUCACCAAGCUGUAUAUCGAAUUACCACCUGUUCAACUCGGUCGCCUGGCAUCUCAAAACACCGCACAGCAUAGUCGAAAGGAAAUGCGCAUAACAAGCUCGCUAUCCAGAACAUCCACAACGCAAACAAGGCGCCUAUCAUGAGAGCUACAUCAGGACGCCUCGAGGACGUCGCAAGAGGAGGAGCAAGAUCAUGGAAGACAUACACGACACGAACCGACCGACUACACCCACAUCCUUCAUCAAUACGACUAUACACAUCCACCUCCCGCACCCGUCCGAAAACCGCCCUCUUCUUCCCCGGCCAAGGUGUCCAACGCGUCGGCAUGAUAGACCCCUGGCUCGAAUCUUUCCCAAAGACCGUAAAACCUCUACUGGAGGAAAUCGACCACACCCUCAACAUCUCGCCCUCGCUCACCCACUUGAUCUCUCAAGGCACCAAUGCCGAACUCACCGCCACUCAAAACGCCCAACCCGCCAUCAUGGCCACCAGCAUCCUCAUCCUCCGCGUACUGGAGAAGGAAUUCGGCUUCGACACGAAAAACACAGUAGACGUGACACUAGGCCAUUCACUAGGCGAAUUCGCCGCCCUGGUAGCAGCAGGAAACCUCCAAUUCGCCUCGGCGCUGAAAAUGGUGCGUCGCAGAGGAGAAACCAUGGCCAAAUGUUCCGCCUCUUCAAAUUCAGAAAUGGGCAUGAUAGCACUGGUCUGCGAACCCUUGCAACGAGAUGAAACACUUCAAGCAAUCACCCGUCAUCUGUCCCAGAACAAACACUUGCAAUGCGUCAUCGCAAACGUAAAUUCAAAAACCCAAUUCGUGUUGAGUGGAGAUAUCUCGCAUGUGGGAAAAGUACUCGAUCAUAUCCGUCAUUUCGACUCUCAUGAUCCUCGCGCAGUGCGCUUGAAAGCGGACUCGCCAUUUCAUUCUCCCCUCAUGUUACCAGCAGUGGAUUUGAUGAAGAAACUGCUCAGCGAUCCUGGCAGUAUAACGUUUUCUCCCCCCAGCACACUUCCUUGUAUUUCAAACGUCACGGCUUUGCCUUUUUCCUCUGCGGAAGACAUCAAAGAUUUAUUGGCUAGAUCUGCUGCCGAGCCUGUUCUGUGGCAUCAGAGUAUUCAGUAUUUGCAUCAGGAGGAAAAAGUGAAAAGAUGGAUCGGGAUAGGGCCGGGUAAGGUGGGGAGGAAUUUGGUGGGCAAGGAGGUUGGGAUGAAAGGGGUGGAUGUUAAAGGUGGUGGUGUGUUGGCUUUGACGGAUCCGAAAGAUCUCGAUGAGUUUCUCAGGGCGUUGGAGAUUACUGGAAAUGCUGGGGAGGAGGAGGGAGAUGUGUGAAUGAUGAUGCUGGUGAUGGGGACAGGAGACACGACGGGGUCGAGAGAGAGAGAGAGGCAGACUUCUACCCUCUUUGGUUUCCCAUGCAAAAGACGAGGAACAAUCUGCAAGCCUUUUCAAACACAGGCAAAUUCCGCCUCUUCUGUAAACCCACUGUUCUGCAAACUCCCACGGCCAUUUUCGUGAAUGAUUGACCACCCGCACCGCACCAUACAUAUAACCACAUACACUUAUAUUCUCCAAGAACAUCUUAUCACUUGCAUUUCUCCAGACGGCACUACCCUUCCUCAUCCCAAGAACACCUACUCUGCUUUGUACAGUAAACCACCCAAAACGACCCUUUCCUUUCCAAACCAACACCUGCCCAUUUUCCAGGGAAUCGGGUUUGACACCAUACCAUACCCUCCCUUCAA